GCAACGCACCUGCAACGCCAGUAGGAAUGUCAGCGCGCCGAUAGGAGUUGCAACCUAAUAUAGUCGGAAUUACUGCGCGAGACAUAGAUUAAACAUGAUGUCUCUAUUAGCUCACCACGUUUCCCCUGUCAGUCGGAUCAGAGUGGAAGCAAGCUGUGUGUUUGUUGCUGUAUAUUUGUGGCUGACGGGGUGGUUCGGGAUGGUGUGUUGACUACCAGCACAUCACAGGGGAUAAAGCAGCAUCAAACAGACUUAAGCGAUGGGUCCUCUAUCUGAGCAGAUGACCAAUCCUGAUGGGAAAUAGAAGGUAAAGCAAGAAGACCAGGCAUCAACCUCAUAGAGGAGGUUUUGCCAGACAUCUUCUCACAGCUGGGACCUAUCCUGAGCACCAUUAGCAGCAAAGAGCAUGUCAGAACUGGAGGAUUAUUCUUCUCCAAGGAGCCAAUCGCAUCCUGACCCUGCGCGAAUCCAGCAGAACCUCCUGGAGGAGCAGGUGGAGCUCUGGUGGUUCAGUGAGCCGCGCAAAUCCUUAUUAUGCGACUGCGCCUCAGUGAGCCUAAUCUUGGGCUGCGGACUGGGCGGCGUAGGCCUUCUUUCCACCACCACCAGUCUGUCUAGUGAAUGGAGGUUGGGCACCGGUACAGCUCUUUGUCUUCUCGCGCUGGCCGUCCUCCUUAAGCAGUUGCUGAGCUCCGCUGUCCAGGACAUGAACUGUGUACGAAACAGAAGGCGGAUUGACAUGCUAAAGAGUGGCGGCUUAUCUGACAUUCUGGUGAUGUUGAUCACUGGAAUCUCACUGCUUAUUUGUGGGGCUGUGCUCCUGGAUGUUGCUCUGGCCUACCAUAUGCCUAAACCUGGCAUGGCACUGAAUGACAUGUUUAUAUCUGGGGUGGUGCUGUUGGUGGGUGGGAGUUUUACAGUGUUAGCGGUCGGGGUUUACUCCACAGUAGUUUUCCUCUUAGAGAGGACAGGGCCAGGACAAAGACGGUGGGAGAGGACAGUGGGGAUCUUCUCCAUUUCAGGCCAUAUGCAGACAAGGAGAGAGACUGCAUCAAGCCUGGCUCGUCUGAUAUAGCCUAACAGAGCACAACAAUGCUCGUCAACUUUUCAGCCAUCUUGAUUCCAAAAUGUUUGUCCUAUAAAUUUUUUCCAUAGAGAUUUCAUAAAAUUCUUGCAACCUAGUCUCUUAGCGUGAACAUUGCUAUAACUACAUUUUUGCAAACCGAAUUUUACGUACCACUUUCUACAGUUUGCUGCAGUUUCCUGGUGAAUUUAACACUAGAGGCGCUACAACAACUGUGCGUUUUAUUCUUUUUCACACAAAUCAUGGGUACUAUGACUUUAUAAACUCUUAUUUUCACUCUAUUACUCACCCUGCUAUGUUUUUAUUGUAUAUCAAAACACUUAAACACAUAAUUUGAAAAAAAAUAUUAACACUUGUAUUACAGACCCCCCCCCCUCCAUCUACACACUUAUUCCGAUGUGAUUCACUUAUGCGGUAGCUCAACUGAUAGAAAGUUGGUCUUUGGUCUUGGAGACCCAGAAAGGAACACUCAAAAUGGAAGUGAAUGUGAAGCGAAAGUGCCAUAGAAGUAACAUGAAAUGACUUGGUUGCUUCAGUAAAUGUGCUUAUUAUGUUGAAUUUUCUUCUAAAACACUAUCAGUUAGGUUUAGACGUAGGUUUAGGGUAAGGAUGUCUGUUUUGUUAACUUCUCAUUUAUCUUUUCUAAAAAUACUGGUUAGGUUUAGAUUAAACUUUAAAAUUAGGGAGGUAUGUUUUACUCAUUUUAAUAUUCAUCUGAAAAAGCUUCUUUAUUACAACAUAAUUUCACUUGCUUUUGGCGCUGGACAUUUCACUGGGAAUCUGCAGCCAAACUUGUAAUGAAGCAUGUAAUUUUGGUUUGCAAAAAUGUUGCCAUUGUCACAUAAAUUUCAGUAGAUCAGGCAAAAUUAUUUUUAAAAGUAUUCUGAGCCAUGAACCAAACCAACCAGAUUACAAGAUUACAAGAUUAGAUUUGAAGCAAAAAACUAAAUUUGUAUUUAAAAAUCUUAUGAAAAAUACUUAAAUGUCUUUAAUGAGAGAAUUAACUACAAUACUAUGAAGCAUAAUUAAACACUAUGGAAAUAUAUAAAUCUAUUUAUUUGAAGUUUUUAUAAGUUUAGAAGUAAUAUAUUUUAAUUUUAAUGCAAAAUAUUCUAUAUAAUACAAUACAAAUAUAUAAGUCGUUUGAGAGUGUAGGGAGACCGACUUGAUUGCGUCAUUCACCAUACGUCAUGGAGGUGGGCGGUUGCUACGGAGCACAUUUGCUCUGGUUUAUUUGCCGCAGUUGGUGGAUCUUUCUAUUCAGGUUUCACGGGUAGUAUAAUUCUUCACCGGGAAUUUCACUUUAAAACGUGAAGUUUAAAUAACGCAUUGAUGCCUUCAACCGAAUAUACCAUUGAUUAACAACCUCACAGUAGGUUUGUCUUUAAAGGUUUAUAAGUUAUCCUCAAAACUCAAUUUAUCUAUGGAGAAAAUGAAUGGGAUUUUUAACUCUGAAACCUGACUGUUCCACUGUUGUGUGACUACAUAUAUGUCAUUACUACUGGAAAAGAACAAAGACUCAAAACUGUGCUCUCUGCAGUCUUGGGACUCAAAACCCUAAAUUAAAGUUUGCACUCAUUACACAAAGGCACAAAUCACAUGUGACAUUUACAAUUACAUCCCACAAAUAAACUGAUUUACACUAUAGCUCAAGGGUUUACGCAUUAGACCUUUGAGGGUUUAGACACAAACAUUGAAAUUUUACAUGCUCCACUCCAACAAAGUACAAUGAAGGAAGCUAAAAAAAAUAAUAAAAAAAAGCACAAAAGCACAAAAGCAAUCUAAAUGAACUGUUUGAUCAUUAAUGGAUUGAUUUUAGGCGAAACAUGCUGCUUUCUCUCAUGUAUCGAUUGCCUCUCUCCAAUGUUAUUGGACACCUGUGUGUGUGCCCUUCACUGCUUUAUUUAUGUGGGCAGCGGUGAGCAUGCCAAGUGGGUGUCCAUUUGGGGAUGUCUUCAGCUUUACAGUGGCUCUAAUGUGUGUGUGUGUGUGUGUGUGUGUGUGUGUGUGUGUGUGCGCGCGCGUGUGAAUGGAUCGGCCGUGUCUGUUUGCAUGCCUGUGAAUUUACACUACUGUUUGCUGGCGCUGCUAAAAAUCAAA